AUGAAAUCUGGGCGUCCACAGGGAACAAGGCCAGCAAUGGCGCGUUACUUCUCCAUUCCUUUGCUACUGAUGGCUCUGCUGAUGAUUAGUACGGUGAUUCCGAGCGUUUCUAGCAAGGAAACAAGCCUUGAUAAGAAGAAACCUUCUUUCACAAAGAUCAAAUUACUUCGAGGCGGGCGCAGAAGGCUGAAGCUUCCAAAAAAACCCAAGUAA